ACAAACUUCAAAAGGUAAACAGAAAUCCAAAAUUUCUCGUCCAAAGAUCCAUUUUUUAGACAAAAGAGCGAGUGGCGCCGGGGAACAUCUACACCAUGCUGCUGGACGUCGAUGGCAUGCAGGUUUUCUUCCCCUACGACUUCAUCUACCCGGAGCAGUAUUCAUACAUGUUAGACCUAAAGAGGAGUCUCGAUGCUAAGGGCCAUUGCAUACUGGAGAUGCCUUCGGGGACAGGCAAGACCAUUACACUGCUGUCACUUAUUGUGUCCUACCUCCGAGCUUUUCCACAGAAUCUCACAAAGCUCAUCUACUGCUCCCGAACCAUUCCCGAGCUGGAAAAGGUAAUUUCAGAGUUGAAGAAGCUUAAGAACUACAUUGAGAAGGAGACGGGAGAGCCUGCAAACAUUACUGGCCUUGCAUUAGCCUCCAGAAAGCAUCUGUGUGUGAAUCCUGAGGUCAGCAAGGCAAGGGAAGGAAAGCUUGUUGACAAUGGAUGCUAUGCUUUGACAGCCUCAUAUGUAAGAUCCAGGGCCCAGAGAGAUGACACAGUGCCACAGUGUGACUACUUUGAACAGUUUGAUCUCCAUGGCAAGGAAUUUCCUUUGCCAGCUGGCACAUACAACCUUGAUGAUCUGCGGGAGUUUGGCAGACAGAAAGGGUGGUGCCCAUACUUCUUGGCCAGGCAUGCAUACAAAGCAAAAUAUCGUAUAGUCUACAGCUACCAUUACAUGCUGGAUCCUAAGAUUUCAGAAAUAGUAUCAAAAAAAAAAAAAAAGGAGAUUUUUUUGAACAAAACGAGCGAGCUUGGGUGGUUUGAUGAGGCUCACAACAUUGACAAUAUUUGCAUUGACUCCAUGAGUAUAAAUAUUAACAGAAGAGUACUGGAUAAGGCCAAAACCAGUCUUAACAGUUUACAUGAACAUAUAUCAAGGAUAAAGGAGUCUGACAGCAACAGAUUAAGAGAAGAAUACAGCCGCCUUGUGGAAGGGCUGCGGCGGGCUUCUACCCAAGAGCAUAUUAUAGCCAACCCCAUUUUGCCAAAAGAUUUGUUAGAAGGUAAGCUAAAGCAGUCGCAUUUCCCGUCGCCAGCUGGUAUCCUGAAGGAUCUGAAAAACAGAGCCUUCAUUGAUCGAAAACCCCUGAGGUUUUGCUCUGAACCCCCUCUCCCCCUAUUGUAGAAAGUUAAAGUUGAAAUGAUAUAUCGGACAAACUCCCCCUCUAGCCGUUUUGCUCACUUUGCCACCCUUGUGUCCACAUACUUGCAGGGUUUUGUCGUCAUUAUUGAGCCCUUCGAGGACAAGGCUCCAAAUAUUCCCCCCUCCAUUAGGUGUUUGGAUUCGUCGCUUGCAAUCAAACCAGUCUUCACAAAGUUCCAGACAGUUGUCAUUACCUCCGGAACACUCUCACCCUUGGACAUGUAUCCUAAGAUCUUGGACUUCCAUCCUGUGAUCCAGAAUUCCUUCACAAUGACACUUGUAGCUGUAUUCUUCCAAAUGGUAAUGGACCAAGUGGCCAUCUCGUCCUAGUUUGAGUCCAGAUAAGAUCCAGCUGUCGUCAGAAAUUAUGGGAAGCUUUUAGUAGAAAUGGCGACAAUUGUACCUGAUGGAAUGGUGUGUUUCUUCACCUCUUAUCUGUACCUGGAGAGUGUGGUGGCUACAUGGUAUGACCAUGGUAUCAUCAGUGACCUUCAGAGGCACAAGCUGGUUUUCAUCGAGACCCAAGAUGAUGCAUGUGACAAGGGACGGGGAGCGAUCCUGCUGGCUGUGGCAAGAGGCAAAGUGUCAGAAGGGAUCGAUUUUGACCACCACUACGGCCCGCUGUGUCAUUAUGUGGGAAUCCGUUCGUUAUGUACACCCACCAGAAGGCGGGAUUCUAAAGCCAGAUUCAGAUCCACCAGUAUUAGAAUACCUUCGUUGAGCAGUUCAAUGUGGGUUCAUUAUGUAUCAAAAUUUCACAUCAUUGUUAGGUAUUUAUUAUUAUUAUCACAACUAUUUCAGUUAUCAUUAUUUGUUCUACUAUCUUUCUCUACUACUUUGACACAGAUUCGUGAAAAUGACUUCCUGACCUUCGAUGCCAUGCGCCAUGCAGCUCAGUGUGUGGGUCGGGUCAUGCGUGGAAAGACCGACUAUGGAAUCAUGUUGUUUGCAGAUAAGCGUUUCUCCAGGGCUGACAAGAAGAGCAAAUUGCCUCGUUGGAUUCAAGAGUAUUUAGUUGACAGCAAGUGCAAUUUGUCAACAGAGGAAGCUGUUCAGGUGACAAGACCAUGGCUGCGUCAGAUGGCCCAGCCCUUCACAAGAGACGACCAGCUGGGAGUGUCACUGCUGACCCUCGAACAGCUGAACUCUGCCUCCAACAUCGAGAAAGUACAAAAGAGAGCACAGCAGUCAUUUUAAGAGGAGGAGAUCAAGAAGGAUACUGUGUCUGCUGUUCUGUUGCUGAAUACUUAUUUGCUGGAAUAGCAUUGGUGGGGGUGGGGGGAUUGUGUAUAUAAUGAAAUUAUUAGUUCAUUUAUUUAUCUUUUAUCAUGUUGUGAUCACAUUCUGUGUAUAAUUUUUUUUUCUCUUUCUCUUUACUAUUACACAUCUUUGCUGGAAAUACCAAAAUGUAUUUUAGUAUUAUUAUUAUUUAUUCAUAUAUUAUUUUUAUUUGUUCAUUUUCAUUUAUUUCUUUAUUUUUUUGUUCAUUCUAUGUAUACAAAGAAAUGUGGCAGCACAAGCUGGAAAAUAUAUCUGUAGUAUUUAUGUGACUGAUAUCAAUGUAUUAGUUUGACCUUUUUUAUUACAUUUCACAUCAUUUGUAAAAAGAAUUCCAGAUCUGAAUGUCAGUUCCAGUUAAAAAGAAAAUGAUCAGAAGUUUUGUGAUCAUGUUUCUCUUCUCUCUCUCUCUCUC